AGCGAGUUAGCAAGUUUUAGCUUUGUCACAGAAAGAAUUACUCAAACACUUCUAAUCUCCAUACCCUGUUUCUUGAUCUUCCUCAAACUUUACCUCGAAGAAAUUAUAAGCACACCUAGUUACUUAUUAGAAUAAUUAUUUUUUUAACCCCUGAUCACUAUAAAAGUGAACCCCGCUUUGAUAAUUUCUCCGGGCUCAUGGCUGGCUUUCCUGACACAAUAUGGAGUCCAAACGUGUAGAACUAAAACACAAGACCGGUUUUUUCUCCGUCGCUUGUUUAGAUAAGAGCAAAAAAGAAAAUGGCCGAGAGGAGGAAAAGGUUAUCCAGAAGUUUGUCCACACCUCGACGCUGCUUGACUUGUCAGAAGAUGGUAUAUCUCACAGCCUUUCGAUGUAAAGAUUGUGGAAACGUUACACACGACUCUUGUGUGAACAAUGAAAGCAAUAUGGAAUCUCGUUGCCACGGUAACAGAAUUAACUACAGGAACAGCUUUCAAUACCCCAUAACAACAGUAGGUGAAACUACGGAAGUAAACUGGUUUUCGGACUCAGAAAAAAGUGCAUUUUCAUCUCCAACUGCAACAGAAAAUAAUCUGCCGCGUUCAUCAUUCAGUGAUAUGUCUAACACGGAUGUAAAAUCAGCAUCUUUAAGCGGGAAAAAUAAUAGUUCUCUUGCCUUAUCAGGUCUGCUGAAAGUAGUUCACUGGCUCGCUCAGCGACGUAGGAAUCGUGACAUGAGCAAAGCAAAUGCUGCUGAUAAACACGCGAAAGCAAAAUAUGGAUUAAACCAAUGCAAAGUAAGCGAUAAGCAAACCCGGAAGAAGUUAAAAGCGUUCCUGAAAAACUCUCAAAAGUCUAAAAGUGCCGUUAUUGGUUUAACGUGCUCAUCUAGAGCUUGUACUUGUGGGUGGACUCGUCUGCCUAUCACUUCAAGUCAAUCAACCAAUUACGCAUCUCUUAUCUCGCCAAACAGUAGCCUGUCUUCAAGUAGUUGUUUGUCGUCCACCUCUUCCGCUGCUCAGACUCCUUCCGACACAGAAUCCGAUUAUCGUAUUAGGGUUAAUGACAGAAUUCCACUGUGGUUGGACAAAAAUUUCCGUGAUGUUCGAUCUGUUGGUUUGACGUGCAGUAGUUCGCGUUCGCCGUCUAUUGGUGGCGCAACACCUGCAUUCUUAAAAUCGGAAAACAAAAACUCAAGUGUGAACUCUAAUCGCAGUCAAUGUAUCAGUGCACAAGGACGUUGUGCAAAACAGUGGUUAACUAAAGCAAGAACAUUAAGCUUGGAAACCAAAAACUCACCAUCACACAGACUUUGUGCAACAUGGCCACCAUAUGACAUUUGCGUUAGCUCAGUAGAAGAUUUUGUUGACGAUGACUCUGAGUCUGGUAUUGGAGACUGUGAAGAUCAAGAUGAGUUUCCUUCCCAUGCACAGAGUUUGGAUUUAAAGGAGACACUAGGAGAAUGGUGUAUACCAUUUGAUGAUCUUAAGUUUGACGAGCGACUAAGGCACGGUCGUCAGGGCGACAUCUUCAGAGGACGCUGGCACGGUGAAGUGUUGAUCUACACAGUUAGACAACAAAAAGAAGCGGAGUUUCGCCAGUUUUUAGAUGACGUAAGGCAGCUCAGCAUGAUACGUCACGAAAACGUAGUUCUUUUUAUGGGAGCCUGUAUAGAACCCCCUCAGCUUGCUGUUAUUACAAGCAUGCGGAAAGGACCGUUGUUGUUCGAACACAUUCACAUAAAACAUCAUCGGUUAUCGUUUUUCACUAAAAUCAGCAUUGCUCGACAAAUUGCCCAGGGAAUGGGCUAUCUUCAUGCAAAAGGAAUUAUUCACAAAAAACUAAAUUCCAGAAACGUGAUUCUUGAAAGUAGGGUCAAGCUGUGUCUCAUGGACCAAGGAAUGUCCGACUCUCAACUGGACAGAGCAGAGUAUGGCUGUGUUCCACGAGGUCACCUUGCUUACUUCAGUCCCGAAAUACUGCAAAACCUACAGAUCGAGCCUCCCAAGGUCUACUCCACCAUGCCUUACACACAGGAAGCAGAUAUAUUUGCAUUUGGGUCCAUAUUGUACGAGCUGUUUGCUGAAGAAUUCCCAUUUAGUCACUUAAGUCCCCAUUCUGUUAUUUGGUUAGUUGCCAGUGGGAGGCGCCAGUGUCUUAGUAACCUAAAAUGUACGAGUGGAUUAAAGAGUUUAAUCCUAGAAUGUUGGUCCCACUCUCCUAGUGACAGACCAGGUGUUGUAUACAUUAUCAAACAACUACAGGAAAGUGUUUCUUUACAUAAACGACACAGCAGUUCAGAACCGGAGCGUUUACAUAGAAUGGGAACCUCUUUGGGUCGAAAUUUUUGUGGAAGAUGACUCAAAACCGGUUCAAACUGUUUAAGUCCAUCCAUUUUGCUCGUUUAUAAAUUGAUUACAGCAAGUUAAUGAAGUUGUCUAAAAAGAACAGAUUACUUAGUGAAUAAUAUGGAAGACCGUUAUGAGCAGAUCUCUUCAGAACCACAGAUCAGACUGGAAUCUCGUGUGGUACUCUUUCAAAACCACGGAAGUGUUAUAUUUUUCUUGGAUUAAUUUUUAUCAAUACAGUAAACCUAUUGUAAUGUUUUCUGAGUUGUAAAAAUUUCAUAAAUAUUUUAUCCAAAUUAUUUAUUUCGUAAACUUUCCACGAUUGUGGAUACAAUUACAGGAACAAUAUUGCUAGCUUGAAAACAAUGCUACUGUAAGAUAUAUUCAAAGCAAUAACUACUAAAUUAAUAUUACUUGUACUUGUUAAGCCUAAAGGUUAUCUUAGUGUAGAGCCUAAGGAUAUCAUUCACUCUGUCCACCUUAAAAAUAAAAUAGAUUCUAAAAGACAGUAUUUAAACUGAGGGUAGAUCUUAGCGAAGUUAACUAAAGUUAGGAUAGGUGUUAUUGAGGUUGUCUACUUAACCUUAAGUAAAGUAAAACGAUGUUAUUAUGGCCAUAUUUUAUUUACGUAUUUGAAUCACUUCUCUUCUCAACAUUAUUAGAUUAAAAGUUCUUUACUCUUUCUUAACAGGUUAGGAAUAAAGGGUGUGAAUUUUGAACUAUACUACACCCAUUUUAUUGUGUGUAUAUACACAUUUCAGGACUACUGUUUUUUUUCUAUGGGGUAGUUAUUAAAACUGGUCACCACAUUUAAAAUAAUACUCUAAUAAAAACUAAAAAUACUUGGGGUAGCAAUGUUUUUUUUUUUAUUGCUUCAAUACAUCAUUUUAAGUUGUACUUACCAAUGAUAUAAGUAUACCUUUUAAUUAGGAACUACAAGAUAAGCCAUCAUUAAUAUCUAAGAUUUAAGCUUAGUGGGCUAAUGGAUGAAAUAUAAAGUUGCAGGUUUAAAAGAGGAUCGAAACCUGGUUUUUAAUGUUAUAAGCCUUCGGACUUAUCAUUGACCCACUGUGGGUGGGAGCGUUUAAAAGAGGGA